UGGCCGAGCGCGGGCGGCGAUGGCAGCGCGCUGAUGGCCCAGCUCGCCAUGGCCGCCCGGGAGGAGCUCUACAGCAAAGUCAUCCCCCGGCGGAGCCGCCAGCACCGCGCCGGGACCAUCAAACAUGGCUCUUCGCUGGAGAUCCUGCUCUCCAUGGGCUUCCCCAAAGCACGGGCACAAAAAGCGCUGGCGUCGACAGGAGGAAGGAGUGUCCAAGCAGCAUGCGACUGGCUCUUCUCCCACGUGGGUGACCCGUUCCUGGACGACUCCCUGCCCCGCGAGUACGUGCUCUACCUGCGCCCCACCGGGCCCCUGGCGCAGAAGCUCUCCGAGUUCUGGCAGCAGUCCAAGCAGAUCUGUGGCAAGAACAAAGCUCACAACAUCUUCCCCCACAUCACCCUCUGCCAGUUCUUCAUGUGUGAGGACAGCAAGGUGGAUGCUCUCACAGAAGCCCUGCAGGCCACGGUGAUGCGCUGGAAAUGCAAAUUCCCUGCGCCCCUGCCCCUGGAGCUCUACACAUCCUCCAACUUCAUCGGGCUCUUCGUCAAGGAGGAGAGUGCUGAGGUGCUCAAGAAGUUUGCUGCAGACUUCGCUGCAGAGGCAGCUUCCAAAGCAGAUGUCCACGUGGAGCCCCACAAGAAGCAGCUCCACGUCACCCUGGCCUAUCACUUCCAGAGCAGCCACCUGCCCACGCUGGAGAAGCUGGCCCAGAGCAUCGACGUCAAGCUGGGCUGCGACUGGGUGGCCGCGAUCUUCUCCCGCGACAUUCGCUUCGUCAACCACGAGACCCUGCAGGUGAUCUACCCCUACACCCCCCAGAACGAUGACGAGCUGGAGCUGGUGCCAGGGGAUUUCAUUUUCAUGUCCCCAGUGGAGCAAAGCAGCACAAGUGAGGGCUGGAUUUAUGGCAUUUCCCUUGCCACCGGCUGCUCGGGGCUGCUGCCUGAGAACUACAUCACCAAGGCGGAUGAAUGUGGCACCUGGGUGUUCCAUGGGUCCUACUCCAUUCUGAACACCACAUCCUGCCCGUCCCUCCAAGGCUUUGCUGAUGGAGCUCUGGAGAGAAGGCAGCAGGAAGACCAAGGGCCAGGGGACGCUGGGCCUCUCACCAUCAUCUGCCAGAACGUGCAGCCCCUGAGGAUAAGCAGCCAGCCGGGCCCUCAGAAGCGCUGCCUGUUCGUGUGCAGGCAUGGAGAGAGGAUGGAUGUGGUUUUUGGGAAGUAUUGGCUGUCCCAGUGCUUCGAUGCCAAAGGCAGGUACAUGCGCAGCAACCUGAACAUGCCUCACAACUUACCUCAGAGGAGUGGUGGUUUCAGGGAUUAUGAAAAGGAUGCUCCCAUCACCGUGCUGGGCUGCACCCAGGCCAGGCUCGUGGGUGAAGCCUUGCUAGAAACCAACACCAUUGUAGACUACAUCUACAGCUCGCCAUCGCUGCGCUGUGUGCAGACAGCCCACAACAUCCUGAAAGGCAUGCAGCAGGAGAACAGCCUGAAGAUCCGGGUGGAGCCCGGCCUGUUUGAAUGGACCAAGUGGGUGUCGGGGAGCUCCCUGCCCGCCUGGAUCCCCCCCGCAGACCUGGCUGCAGCCACGCUCAGCGUGGACACAACCUACAGACCUCAUAUUCCUGUCAGCAAGUUGGUGGUUUCUGAGUCUUACGACUCCUACAUAAGCAGAAGCUACCAAGUAACGAAGGAAAUCAUCAGUGAAUGUAAAGGCAAAGGAAACAACAUCCUGAUCGUGGCUCACGCAUCCUCCCUGGAGGCCUGCACCUGCCAGCUCCAGGGGCUGUCACCCCAGAACUCCAAGGAUUUUGUACAGAUGGUCCGAAAGAUUCCCUACCUGGGCUUCUGCUCCUGUGAAGAGCUGGGGGACACUGGUGUGUGGCAGCUCACGGACCCUCCCAUCCUCCCUCUCACUCAUGGACCGACCGGAGGCUUUAACUGGAGAGAAACGCUCCUGCAGGAGUAGGGGACAGCCCUUCCAGCGCUGGGGAUCGCCUCCUCUUCCUCCUCUUCCUCCUCUUCCUCCUCCUCGUGCUCUAUCGCCAGCAGGAAAAGCCCCCCUCACCUGCCCCGCACACCUCACACAGCCGCGGCCCUGCCAAAAAAAAGUCUUUUUGCGUUUAAAUGGGCUGUAAAUCAGCUCGUUUACAGCGAAAUGGGGGGGAAAAAAAAUAAAUUCAAAUACAGCUCGAGGCUCUUGCACAGCUCGGGGUUGGUUUCCUCACCUUGGAGCAGCUCUGGUGACACUUUCACUGUAGGGACCAUGAGAAUGUGUCAGGCAGGAUGCUGGGGUUGUUUUCUUGCUGCUGUUUUUACAAAGUGUCUGCAGCCUUGUUCAGCACCUCGUGCUUGCUCCACUCCCAGUCCCCAAACCCUCAGCACCUCCCAGAAAAAUCAAAAAAAAUCAAAAAAUCAAAAAAAAAAUUCCUUCCCUAAGGCUGGAAUUGAGUCCAGGGCUGCCUCUGCAGGCCGCACCAGGUUGUUCCUCUCCUCUGAGCGAAGAUGGGAGUGCUCAAAAUGUGCUGGAUAUUGUGCAGAGAUGGGUUGAUAUUCAGGGAAAAUCAGAGAUUGGUCAAUAUGAAGCAAAAAUUCUGGCUCAGAGGAAAAUUCCGAAUUUCACAUCGGUUCCAGGUGGAGUUUGGGCAUCAAAAGUUCAGCACAACAAAAGCUGGGAGGGAUUUGUUGGUUGAUAUUCAGGGAAAAUGAGAGAUUGGUCAAUAUGAAGCAAAAAUUCUGGCUCAGAGGAAAAUCCCGAAUUUCACAUCGGUUCCAGGUGGAGUUUGGGCAUCAAAAGUUCAGCACAACAAAAGCUGGGAGGGAUUUGUUGGUUGAUAUUCAGGGAAAAUGAGAGAUUGGUCAAUAUGAAGCAAAAAUUCUGGCUCAGAGGAAAAUCCCGAAUUUCACAUCGGUUCCAGGUGGAGUUUGGGCAUCAAAAGUUCAGCACAACAAAAGCUGGGAGGGAUUUGUUUGAAGUGGAAAUAAAAGAAGACUUUUCCAGCCAAACCUGAGGGAUUUAGGAAGUUCAGAUUUGGGGUUUUUAGUCCUUUAUUUUGGUUAUUGAAACCCACCCGUGUGCCCAGAGCUUUGUGCUGUUUAAAUUCCCUUCAGAAGGCUUUGGAAAAGGUUUUUUUUUGGGUUUUUUUUCCCUUUUCUAUUGGGAUUUUUUGUGCUGGCCAUUCAGGAGUGGCUCUGUGUCCCUUUGGCAGCCCUGGGGAGAUGCUGCAGGAUGCUCCAGGAGUGAUGGGAUGGAAAAGCUGCUGGAAUUCAGCAGGAAUUCCAUGGAAUUCUGAGGGCUUUUCCUCCUCACCCUCCAUUCCCAAGUUCCACCUGUCAUAAAGACAGAACAGCUACAAAAAAAAAACCCAAAAAACAGCACAUUUCAAUUUAGGAACAACAUUUGAUGUGAUUAUCCAAGGAGGGAAGGGUUGGGAUGGGGGGGAAGGUGGAAAAGGAGAAUUUCCAUCUCUAACCAAGAAAUUUGGGAUCCCAAGGGGAAUCCUUUGGUGCCAGAGCCUGCAGGAUGCUAAAAAACCCCAAAAUACACCAGAGUGGGUAUUUAUAACAACCUAAAGUGGCAGCAGAGCAGGGGUUUUUA